GUCCUUAAUUCUAAUUUACUUUAAAAACCAGAGAGCAACCACAUUCUCUCUCUCUCUCUCUCUCUCUCGCUGUUGAUUUUGAAAGACGACGACUAGGAUUUAAAAUAGGAAUCUUCUUUGCGUGUUCGACGGAAGGGAAAGCUCUUGUUCGUCCGGGAAACAAUGGAUGUUAGCACCAAUUCCACGGCCAGUAAUGUCGCCCAGGCGAUUCUCGCUGUUCUCGAUUAUAACUCUACUCCCGAUGCUCGUAAAGCCGCCGUUGCAUUCCUCGAAUCUAUUAAAUCUGGAGAUAUCAGGGUUCUAGCAAAUAUUUCCUUACUUCUAGUGAAAAAGGAGUGCUCUUCGGAAAUUCGACUGCAUGCCUUCAAAAUGCUACAGCAUUUGGUUAGACUACGGUGGGAGGAAUUAAGCCCCUCAGAGCGCAGGGAUUUUGCUAAGCUAUCUGUUGAACUAAUGUCCGAGAUUGCUAGUCCGUGUGAGGAGUGGUCUCUUAAGAGUCAGUCAGCUGCCCUUGUAGCUGAGAUAGUUAGAAGAGAAGGCCCCGAUCUUUGGCAGGAGUUGUUUCCUUCACUUGCUUCCUUGUCUGCACAGGGCCCGUUACAAGCUGAAGUGGUCUCAAUGAUGUUAAGAUGGCUCCCAGAAGAUAUAACAGUUCACAAUGAGGACUUGGAAGGUGACAGGCGUCGGUUAUUGUUGCGGGGACUUACUCAAUCUCUGCCUGAGAUUUUGCCUUUAUUGUAUAAUCUUCUCGAGAGACACUUUGGAGCUGCGAUGAGUGAAGCCAGUAGGCAACAGGUUGACUUGGCAAAACAGCACGCAGCUGUGGUUAUAGCUUGUUUAAAUGCCAUCAAUGCAUAUGCCGAAUGGGCUCCUGUUCUAGAUCUUUCCAGAUAUGGAAUUAUUAAUGGGUGUGGUGUCUUACUUUCUUCUCAUGACUUCCGUCUUCAUGCUUGUGAGUUUUUCAAACUUGUCUGCUCAAGAAAAAGACCCAGCGAUGCUCCUGGUUCUGAAUUCGAUUCUGCAAUCAGCAGUCUGUUUCAGAUUCUGAUGAAUGUCUCCAGAGAAUUCUUGUACAGAUCAGCCUCAAAUGCUGGGGUUAUAGAUGAAAGUGAUUAUGAGUUUGCUGAGUGCAUAUGUGAAAGUUUGGUUUCUUUAGGCUCAACAAACUUGCAAUGUAUUGCUAGUGAUGGUGGUGUUCUGGCUUUAUAUCUUCAACAGAUGCUUGGUUUCUUUCAACACUUUAAGCUGGGUCUUCACUUUGAAGCAAUGCACUUCUGGCUGGCAUUAAUGAGGGAUUUACUUUCAAAGCCGAAGGCUGCUGCUUAUCUAAGUGGAGAGGGACCAGCAGUUGGUAGUUCAAGCCAUGUUGAGAGCGAAAAGAAAAAGAUUCUUAGUCUUAUUAAUGAUGAUAUCUCUUGCGCAAUCUUGGAUGUGUCUUUCCAGCGAAUGCUCAAGAAAGAAAAAGUCCCUCCACGAAUUGCUCUUUCUCUUGGGCCACUGGAACUGUGGAGUGAUGAGUUCGAUGGAAAGGGAGACUUUGGCCAAUACCGAUCAAGGCUUUUAGAAUUGAUCAAGUUUAUUGCUUCUCACAAGCCCCUUGUUUCUAGUACUAAAAUAGCCGAAAGGAUUAUCACUCUUAUUAAGGAUCUAUUGGCGUCUCGAGUGCCUCUUCAGGAUGUAGCAGUGAUGGACAGCCUGCAAUUGGCUUUCGAUUGUAUUGUGGCAACGGUGUUUGAUGGGUCAAAUGAGUUUGCUGGUGGUGGUUCUGAAGUUCAUUUUUCACUGCGUGGAAUAUUUGAAGGCUUGCUUCAGCAGCUUCUCUCUUUGAAAUGGACUGAGCCGGAACUUAUAAAAAUGCAUGCACACUAUCUGGAUGCAGUUGGUCCCUUCCUCAAGUAUUUCCCAGAUGCAGUUGGGAGUGUUAUCAACAAAUUAUUUGAACUUCUUACCUCUCUUCCACACAUUGUCAAGGAUCCAGCAACUAGUACUUCAAGAAUUGCAAGAUUACAGAUUUGUACGUCUUUUAUACGAAUAGCCAAAGCCGCUGAAAAAAGUGUUCUGCCUCACAUGAAGACUAUUGCUGAUACAAUGGCAUAUAUGCAAAGAGAAGGAACUUUGCUCCGGGGGGAGCAUAACAUUUUGGGUGAAGCAUUUCUUGUUAUGGCUUCAGCAGCAGGAGCUCAACAAGAGCAAGAAGUUCUUGCUUGGUUACUGGAGCCACUGAGCCAACAGUGGGUCCCAGCAGAGUGGCAGAAUAAUUAUCUAUCAGAUCCUAUGGGGUUUAUAUCAAUUUUGUGUGGUAUAUAUAUUGUCCAUAAAUGCAGAUACUAUGUGUUGGGUCUAUCCACAACAAUCGGAGAUACAUUCUUCAAAUGCCUAGAUGCUAACUAUGUCGCAGUGGCACUCAUGGAGAACCUACAGUCGAUGGAGUUCAGGCACAUACGACAGCUUAUUCACGCCUUUGUAGUUUCUGUUGUUAAAUCUUGUCCGGCUGACAUGUGGGAGUCAUGGCUUGAAGUGCUCCUGCAACCGUUGUUUAUUCAUUGUCAGCAAGCUACUAGCUCCUCUUGGGCCAGUCUUAUGCGUAACGGCAGAGCACAAGUUCCAGAUUCGUUUGGUGUUCAAAAUGGGCCUGACAUGAAACUUGAAGUAAUGGAAGAAAAACUUCUGAGGGAAUUAACUAGGGAGAUUGCCACCCUCCUUUCAACGAUAGCUUCUCCUGGUUUAAACCCUGGGCUUCCAAUUUUGGAGCAUCCAGGCCAUGUGGGCCGUGUGGAUAUGUCUACUCUCAAGGAUCUGUCUGCUUUCAGAUCCAACUCUAUUGUGGGUUUCCUCCUAAAUCACAAAAACAUGGCUCUCCCAGCACUGCAACUCUGUUUGGAAGUAUUUACAUGGACAGAUGGGGAAGCAACCACCAAAGUCUGUUGCUUUUGUGGUGUUGUUGUCCUUCUAGCGAUUCUAACAAAUAACGUGGAACUCAGAGAAUUUGUGUCAAAAGAUUUGUUUUAUGCGGUCAUUAAAGGCUUAGCCAUGGAGUCAAAUGCCGUUAACAGCGCUGAUCUAGUUUAUCUAUGCCGUGAAAUAUUCUUUUAUCUCGCUGACAGAGACGCAGCUCCCCGUCAGGUUUUGCUUUCACUCCCUUGUCUCACUCCCAAUGACUUGCGUGCUUUUGAAGAAGCUGUGGCGAAAACUCCAAGUCCCAAAGAGCAGAAGCAGCUCAUGAAAAGCUUGUUGCUGUUAGGUACAGGGAAUAAUUUAAGAGCCCUUGCUGCUCAGAAAACCGUUAAUGUUAUCACCAAUGUCACUUUGAGGUCACGUGGACCAGCAAACACUUCAGAAGCUAAAGAAAACGAAGGGGAAACAAUUGGGCUGGCUAGUGUUUUAUGAGGUGAAACCAUUAUAAUAUGAAGUUAAAAAGAGGCAAGAGGAUGAAUUCUUACAACGAGACCGUACAGAUAUAUGUAAAUUAGUCGGGGAAAGAAGAUUUUGCGGAAGGUAGCAAAGAAGCGGCUUUUUGUUUGUUUGACACACACAGAUGGAUGAGCAGAUACAUUGAGAAGCAAGUGUUUCCUUGAACUUAUGAUGCAUAAACGAGGUUUGGCAUAUCCAACCUAUCGAAAUUGCGAUGCUACUCCUCUAUAAAAUGCCCCUAUUUGUAUCUUUGUACACGAAUCCACGAACCUUGACACAUUCAUGAUUGAUGUAGGCUCUACAUUGUAGAGAAAGCUCUGAUCUCAAAAGAGUAUUAUUUACCUUCCGGCU